CGGAGAGAAGGACGAGAGACUUGGGGGAGGGGAGGGGGGACGGAGGGGUGUGCAGCUGUGACAGUCUGUUUGGUCAGACUUGCCACCGACUUGUUGCAUAUUAUUUAGGCAGCUGUUCUUGCUGGUCGAUCGCACAAGAUGGUUGCCGAUGCAAAGCUCGCAGUCGUAGUUUUUUCAUGGUGGGAAAUAGCUCUCAGCUAUUUGCAACUGGUGGUAGUCGUACUACUGCGGCAGUUGUGGAGGGCGCUCGACUAUCAAUUUGUGAGGAAUGCGCUCUGUUUAGUGGGGCUAGGACCGGCAUUGGCAUCAGUGGCAGACAAGAGCCUGCUUGCAUGUGACGACGACGGCAGCAGAUUCGCAAAGGGAAAUCAGAAACCACAUCGCAAGUUUCUUUUGCCCCCAAGACGAGAGGAGGACAGAGAUAAGCUCACGGUGGUUCUUGAUCUGGAUGAAACUCUAGUAUGUGCAUACAAUUCGGCUGGUCUUCCAUCAUCAAUACACCAUCACGCGCUGAGUGGUGGUGUGAGAUGGUUUCAGCUGCAAUGCACAGCAAGUGAGAAGGAGAAUGGCGAACAAGGAGUAACAUGUGUCACUGUUUAUGAGCGACCUGGUCUUUUGGAGUUCCUGCGCAGGGCAAGCCGUUUUGCAGAGCUUGUCCUGUUUACAGCAGGCUUAGAAGGUUACGCUCGCCCUUUGGUUGAUCGGAUAGAUCCUGAAGGAAAGAUCUCUGCUCGGCUCUAUCGUCCAGCAACGGUUAGCACCCGUUACAGGGAACAUGUUAAGGAUUUGUCUACUUUGGGGAGGGAUCUGCGGCGAACAGUUCUCGUGGACAACAACCCGUUCUCUUUCAUCCUACAGCCCGUGAAUGGGAUUCCCUGUGUUCCAUUCACAGGAGAGCAACCGGAAGACAGACAGCUACUCGACGUGCUGUUGCCGCUGCUCGAGAAUUUGUCGAGACAUCAAGAUGUUCGGCCGGUCUUGCAGGACCGGUUCCGAAUGCCGGUUUGGUUUCGCAAUAGGGGUAUCCCUACUGCAGAUGCAAUCCUUUGACUCACCCUGCCAAGGAGGGGCGGAAAGCGGUGAGGAUGGGGGGAAGAAGCGAAGGGUUUGAGAGGAGGACAGAGUCUAUACUCUUCUGGUGCUGGAAUGCGUGAUGCCAUUCCGUCCGUGAAAUGCAGGAUGAUGAACAGGUGAGUGGCGAAGAUACCCCUCCCUCCUUGAUUUCCUUGCGCGUAUACCACUCCCCCUCACUUUCCUUGCGUAUAUGCCAAUAAGGAAAGGAGGGAAGAAGGGAGGUAAGAAAGGAGAGAAGGAAGAAAGAAGAUGGGAAAUUUGAGAAGAAAAUAUCGCUGUUGUGGAACGUGCAUGAGGGAAAUGAAUGAGCAGAGGGUGGGAACAAAAGAAGAAAGCGUGAUGAAAUGGAGGACGGUGCACAUCUUAUCUAAGCUACAGCUAUGGAGUUUGUGCCAGGGCAAGCAUGGAGUGAGGGAGGUGGUUGAUCCAGAGGGGGGGGGGGGGAGAUGGAAGGGAGGGCUUGGACGAAGAAGUGAGACCCGAGGAGGAAUAAGGGCGGCAUUGUGGCAAGCAUUUCAGUGUAGGACUGAGGCUGCAAGCAGAGGGAGAAUGGGGCAGAACUUGCACGAAGGAGUAGAAGAGGGCGGAAGACUCAGAAGCAUUUUUUGGGCGGCUAUUUUUGAUGCGCUGAAAUGCUUGUGGCCAUGCACGUGGCACAAAAUAGAUAGAGGUGAGUGAGGUAUAGGAAGAUCGUGGUGUGUGAUUUGUCACAGGGGAGUCAUGUGUGCAAAUUUGGAGACUUCCCUCUGUUGUAGGUAGACAGACUGCUGGUUUUCUGGGCCUCCUGUGCUGUUUUUGUAACGGUAUCGAGUGUGCACGUGUGGUUGUUGUUGUGUGUGUGUGUGUGUGUGGGAGAGAGAGAGAGAGAGAGAGAGAGAGAGAGAGAGAGAGUAGUUUUUCAGAAGGCCUCCGCCUUCACCAGCGGUCGUCUUUCUGUAAAGUAGGGACUUUUUGUACAGCUAUACGGCGUAUGUGUGUUGUUCCACUGUUCCACGUCUGUUUCAGGCUCAUACCGAGGAGAUGCAAAACCAUACAUUCAUGAAUUAUGUUUCCAACAGCAAGCACAGUUUGUUCCUGGUUUGCUUCCUGUUCCUCCAUCUGAUCUGGUACUGUUUGGUACUCAACGAUCUGCCGAGAGAUUGUAGUAUGUGUAGCUUCUGAGUUCGCGUAUUCUGGCUGUGUAACUGAUUGGGCGUCAAAGGUUGGGCGCAUGCUAGGAUAAAGUUUGUAUGAAGGAAAGGCGUGCUUGAGCUGAUGAAAUGAGAAAGUACGGGAAUUGGACGCAAUUCUCCAGUUGGUGAGUGCUCUUUGCUACCACUGAUUGAUCUUUCUACGAUGACAAUUACGUGUAGAGUCUGUAGACUGUGUGUGUUGCGAAGUUGUGUAGAGUGUGGCGAAAGUGUGAGCCUCCCUUUUCUUUAACCCAAAUGAUGCAUCAAAGCAGCAGCAGGCCACAAAUGGCGCUUGUGACAUAAAGCUGGUGCUCUUAUGGGUGUUGGGUAGGGUCUCUGCAGUAUUGCGUAUCUCUAACGUAGUGUCUUUCGAUAUGGCUGAUGUGCCCGUGUGCUUCGCUGUGGCAUUAACCCCACUGAGCAGUCCAUUCAAUAGGGUUGGUACCCCUGCUCCUCUUCACUGCGUUAGUCACACUUUGUGCUCAAUAGUGGUGUUUUCUUGUGGGUGUUGGGUAGCGUCUCUCAGUAGUGGGUCUCGUCGACAGAGUCUCUCUCGAUAAGGGUGGUGUGCCUGUGUGCUUUGCUGCGUCAUAAACCUCUUGAGCAGUCCAUUCAGUAGGGUUGGCACCCAUGGUCUUCUUCUUUGAUGUCGUAGGAACCAUUGAGCUGUCUGAAUAAUCGGCUUAUGCUGAUGGCGAAUAAUGGAUGGGGGCAGGCAUGACGUGGCAAACGUAAUGUUCUUAUGAAUAGAAUAUGUGAAGAAAUUUCUGCCGGUUAGGUGAUAUGUAUACAAGCAUUCUCUGUCGCGAAUGUGGUCAUCAUUUGGGUCAGAUACGACUCGGAAAGGCCAAGUGCGAGUAUAGGCUAAGAUGUGCAGACUUGAAGGGUCGGUCGGUUAUGUCAGACUCUGCUAGUUGACGACUGCAGUUGUGACCUGGAAGGGUUGUCUUACAGAGGGCGCGGCUACCAUGGGGCUUGCCUACCAAAGGGCUUGCUUAGUGUAGAGCUCGACUUCCGAAGGGCUACCAUGGGGCUUGCCGACCAAGGGGCACGGUUACUUGAUAGCGCGCCUGACAGAGCGCUCAACUAUUGGAGGGCUUGCCUUACAAAAGCCUUCACUGAUGGAGGGCUUGGCUAGCAUAGAUCUCAGAUGUAGUGAACGAGGACUUGACGGCUGCCAGAGGGGUCCAGCAACCCCCAGAGGGAGGGUACCGAUACUUGAGGAUUCACAAGCAACCCCCCCAGUAAUAGAUACUUGAGGAUGCCAGAGGGGUCCAGUGAUAGAUCUCCCGACGAUUGAAGGGCUUGCCUGACAAAAGACUUCACGCUGACGGUGGGCUUGGCUAGCGCAGAGCUCAGAUGUCGAACGGCUCGACUACGGGGACAGGUUGGCCGCAGCUGCCGGGCUUGCCUUACAAAUCCGCCGCCGUCGACUACGCGGACAGGUUAAGGGAGGACUCGGUGCCCAAAGAGCGCGCAACGGUCGGGGGCGCGAUCGUCUGAGGGGUCAGCUAGUGCAGGGCUCGCCGGGUGGAUGAAGUGUUCAGAGCAAGUUGUUUGGAGGUGGCAUUACAUGUACCGCAUCUUUCCAGCCUUUUGGCCUAUGGGAUCUGUUUGGCUGGCAGGGGCGGCCAAAACGGAAAAAAAAAAAGUGUUAUUGCGCCAGCAUAAAUCCGCCUAAGGAAAAAGAGGCGUGGAGGUACUGGUGGUUUAAACCACCAGUACUCCAGGGGGUCUUAGGUUUCCUCUGGGGAGGCUCUGACGUAAAUGCACAUGGACCCGCGCGGCGCACCGAUUCAGCCACCGCCGCGUUAACUGCCUAAAAAUGUGGAGGUACUGGUGGUUAAACGGAGGGCGCCGUUGAUGAAGGCUUUCGCAAAAAAAAUGAUCGGCUCAGCAAACAAAAGGCCUCACCGGUGUUGGAAGCUCAGCUACGGGGGCGCUUGGCCCUGCUGCAGGGCUCAACUUCCAGAAAAAAAUGGGCGCUAAGCUGCCGGAGGGCGUGGGCAAACAAGGGCUAAGCUGCUGGACAGCCUUUGUCGACCAUGGCCUAGCCCGCGAGCCCCUGGCCGGGGUAGGGCUCGGAUAUUGGGGCUUGAUUGCCAACACGGCAAUAAGUUGCUGGAGGACUUGGGUAUUGCAGGGUCUGACUAGUCGGGGCUUGACUGCCAAAACCGGGCUGUAAGCUGUCGUAGGGCGUCGGCAAAGAAGGCUUGAAAUUGCCAAGGGCUCGUGGGCAACUUCGUCAACCAAGGCCUUGGGUAUGGGGUGUGGCCUGGGGAGGGGGCUUGACAGGAAAGGAGGGGUUGAGAGUGAUACCGGCAGGCGGUUCGUUUCCGAGUGAUUGCUUUCCUCUUCUGUUCCCAUGCGGUGGAUGCGCGAGUUCGAUUGUGACGUUAGGCCGCAUGUGCCGCCCUCAAAUUCUUGCACCUUGGUAUGAAACAUGGUGGCACCCAGUGAAGUUCUUAUAGUAGGUGAUAGAAGACCUGUGUGCCAAGUCACACAAAAUGUCCACGUCUCUCCCCGCGAGAGAGUGGAUAGUGAACAAAUCCCCACUUCAGGUUUACUUUGUGGUCGGCAUGAGUAAGUUUUAGAUUAUCGCUUUCUUUCUCAAUCUGAGCUGGUUCUAGAAGACACUGUAUGGAAGUUUGGCCUGUGUAUAUGUGUGCUGGGUGAAGAGACACUGCUGAGGUUUCACAGACAGACAGACAUAGAGAGAGAGAGAGAGAGAGAGAGAGAGAGAGAGAGAGAGAGAGAGAGAGAGAGAGAGAGAGGUCCCCUGCUGCAGGUUAAGUUGUGAAAAGCAGGUAAGAAAGAGUCAGUUUGAUGAAGAGUUUGUAAGCUGUGACUUCGUGAGUAAACGCGAGAACGGAAGCAAUUGGGAGCGAGCGGGAUCAAAUUCGUUGUCAAAAGAGCUGCCGGUAGACGGCGAAAGCAAGUGAA